GUUGCCAUGAACUGAGUCAAAACUCCAGUGUGUGUGAUACUGAGAGGGGAAGAAAAGAGCGUGCCGCUGCACACUGGGACAGCUUCUGUUUCGAGUGAACACUGGUGUGACUGUGUGUGUCCUGUGCCAGAGUGACUGAUGAGAAACUGUAGACAAGUCUGGAGGGUGAUUCCCUGUCAGUUCAAUUGCCUAUCAGUCGUGGGGAAAUUAGAAGCCUUGCUAUUUUGUGCUGACUAUAAUGGGCUGCAAUCUGUGCACUUUACAGAAAAGAGAGGAUCACUACAAGCUGCUCUAUGAAAUUGCGCAGGUUAAUGGAAAAGAUCUUUCAAAGGCCACACAUGAGGAGGCAGUGGAAGCUUUUCGCAGUGCCAAGGAACCCAUUGUAGUUCAAGUUUUACGACGAAGUCCUAUCAGCAAGAGCCAUGGGAAUUCUCAGGAAGUUCAGCUUGUGGAUGUAUGCACACAGACAGACAUCACUUUUGAACACAUUAUGGCUCUCUCCAAGUUAAGACCUUCAAGCCCACCAGUACCUGACAUCUGUCCCUUCUUGCUUUCUGACAGCUGCCAUUCACUGCAUCCAAUGGAGCAUGAAUACUAUGAAGGCACAGAAUUUCUAUCCAAUAUGCCAGUGGAUGGAGACAGGGCAGAUGAGUUUGAGUACGAGGAAGUUGAGUUGUGUCGCAUGAACAGCCAGGAGAAACUGGGCCUGACCCUCUGCUAUCGAACAGAUGAUGAGGAGGACAUUGGGAUCUAUGUCAGUGAGGUUGGUCCAAACAGCAUAGCUGCCAUAGAUGGUCGUAUCAGAGAGGGGGAUCGGAUUUUACAGAUAAAUGGCUGUGAUGUGCAGAAUCGUGAGGAGGCAGUGGCAUUGCUCUCAAGUGAGGACUGCAGAAACAUUGUAUUGCUGGUUGCCAGGCCAGACAUACAGCUGGAUGAAGGAUGGAUUGAUGAUGAGCAUACUGAAUUUUUAGAAGAGCUGAAAAUGGAGAUGUUAGAAGACCAACAUAAAGAUAUAGUGCAAUAUCCUUCCAAUGAAUUGCAGGAGCCGAAAAAGACAGAGGAGGAUGAUGGCACAACAGACACCGCCACCACCUCCUCCAACAAUCAGGAGAAGGACAGCGGAGUGGGUCGCACCGAUGACAGUGUACGCAAUGACGAGAGCUCUGAGCAUGAGAACUUAGCAGAUGUCCAGCAACAAGCUUCUGUCAAGGACAAACAAGAAAUGGAACAGAGCCAGGACAUGCUGGGUAGCAAUGACAUCCAGUGCAUUGAGAGCUUUGCGUCUGGUGAGCACAUUGACUCAGAUUGUAUCAGAGCACAAGAAGAAGACUGUGACAGAUUCCGCCAGCUCCUGGAACUGAAGUGUAAAAUCAGAAAUAGUGGUGAGUAUGACCUCUACUACAGUCGCAGCAGUACCAUCGAAUGCAGCCUGAAGGAGCAAGAUGGUGUUGAAAGGGAGCUGCGCUUGCUCAAUGAAGAACUUAGGAGCAUUGAGCUUGAGUGCCAGAAUAUCAUGCAAGCUCACAAACUCCAAAAAGCCAGAGAUCAGUAUUCUGGAAUGUGGUCCGUUAAAGACGAAAGUUUUCACAACUUCAACACCAGCAUGGACUUGCAGGGAAGUAAGUUGGCUGAAAUUAAUGAGCAUCCUGAGAAAUCAGACAAGGACAGCUCCAGCGCCUACAAUACUGCUGAAAGCUGCCGUAGCACACCUUUGGCCAUGGACCGCUCUCCUGAUCAUUCCCUGCAAAGAAUGGUUAGCAUUACCAACAGAAAAAAUCUGAGGAGCUCUAUGACAACAUGCCAAAUGACCUCUAGCCAGGGAAACAAAGGAGCAUUUCUGGGCAAAGCCAAAACCUCUGGACAGAACAGCACCACUGAGUCAGAUGAAAUAGUACCUGAUGACAAAAAGCGAUCUGAGCAAGAGAGGAUUGGCCUUCAGCAAAUUCCAUACUUGUCACCAUGCCACAGCUCGCAGUACAGACACGCUAACAUACCUGCACAUGCCAGGCAUUAUCAGAGUUAUAUGCAUCUCAUUCAGCAGAGAUCAGCAGUGGAGUAUGCCCAGAGCCAGCUUAGCCUCGUUAGUAUGUGCAAAGACUUGCAGAAAUCUUCAGAGCCUAAAAUGGAGUGGAAGGUGAAAAUCCGUAGCGAUGGAACAAGGUACAUAACUAAGAGGCCAGUGAGAGACAAAAUCCUGAAGGAACGUGCCUUAAAAAUCAAAGAGGAGCGCAGCGGCAUGACUACAGACGAUGACAUGAUGAGCGAGAUGAAGAUGGGGAAGUACUGGAGCAAGGAGGAGAGGAAGCAGCAUCUAGUGAGGGCAAAAGAGCAGCGACGGCGGCGGGAGUUCAUGAUGCGCAGCAGAUUAGAGUGCCUCAAGGAGAGCCCCCAGAGUGGCAGCGAAGGGAAAAAAGAGAUCAACAUUAUUGAACUCAGCCACAAAAAGAUGAUGAAAAAACGAAACAAGAAGAUACUGGACAACUGGAUGACAAUCCAAGAGCUGAUGACACAUGGGGCCAAGUCACCAGAGGGCACAAAAGUACACAAUGCCUUCUUGUCUGUUACUACUGUAUAAUAUGGACAUUAUCCGGUGUGGUAAAAUUUAAUUGCCUCGUUCAAUUUUUAUGAAUGGCAAAUGGCAUUUUUACGAAAAAAUAUUUUUCACAGUUUAUAACCUGAAGACAUUUUAUAAACAAUUUUUCAACUGGUUUUCAUUGUUAUUUUUUAAAAAAUUUUCAUGGUUCUUCUUUAGCUUUUCUCCUGUUCUUUGUUUCAUGUAUAGUUUUAUAUAAAGUUGCAAAAUAUAUUUUCUUUCUAAUUUUUCAGGUUAUCCUUUACAAUAAAAAUCCAUUGUAACUGCAUUCCCGCAGUUCUUUCUCAAUACAGUUUAUUUUGAUAUUUAUAUACUGUGUCAUUAAAUAGUUUCUCAGACAAUAGGUAAUGUUGAUUGCAGCUUGGGUCUAUUUGAGGUUUCUAAGUGAGAAUGUGUAGGACUUUAAUCUCUUUUUACAUCUUCCCAAAUCAAUCUUAAGGCCACUGAGGAAUUGUACAACUCACUGUAUAUAAACUUUGCCUAUGCUCGUUCCUUUAACGUUCUCAUUUAUCUGCAGUGAUGCCUUUACACUUAAUGUUAUUAUUUUUAAUUAUCAGUAAAGAAUCCCCCAAAACCCAGGUGUGAGAGAACUAUUCAGAGAAAACUUGCUGGAGGCGGGAAAAACAAUGUACCAUUCAAAAAGUCUGGAAAGACAUUUUUUCUAUAUGCACAUUACACUGUAUUUCAGAUACAUUAAACACAACAAAUUGACUGCAUUAGAAGGAUACCUUCAAAAAUCAGAACAAAAUAGCCACAAUGCAUGGACCUUAGGAGGCUGCUAUAAUAAGCAAUUGCAUUUUAAAAAGAGUGCAGACCCAGCCUAAAGCUUUAACAUCUAUAUUAAUUAACAAUUUGUUAUUAUUUUUACUGAAAUUACUGAAAUGUAUUGUAACCACCCAUUUCCUUUAACUUUGUAACUAGCCUUAAAAGGUUUUCUUUGUAGUGUAUGUUUUUUGACUUGUUAAUAUAAUGCCAAAUCGUACCCUGCAUUAUUGCCUAUAUUUUAAAACUAAAAGUAGAAAUGGUAGUGAGUGUUAUUACCUUUUCUGCUAAAGUUGUUUCAUACACCUUUCCUAAAAUGUUUUUUGGUAAUGUAUUGUAAAUUAAAGCUGUACAUUGAACCUGUAUUUGUUCCAAGUAAAGUGUAGGUGGUCUUAUUUACAGUAAUAUGUAGUAAGCAAUUAUUGUAGCCAGAUAAAUGUGGUAAUUGUUAUAAUACAAAAUAAAUUAUUGUUUAUCUUCAAGAAAACAGAACAGCCAUUCCAUAAUUCUUCCACAACCUGAGGCAAUCAGAUUGUGCUCUGUGUUGGCCU